GGGUGUGGACGUCCCACACAUUCAAUCUACAGGAGUCAACACAACGCUGCUAACAACUUCAACACACCACAACAGGCCAACAUACCCGGGUUGCUGGAGUGCUGUUGAGCCUCUCUGACUGAGUCCCUCAUUAUCCCAAAUGAGGGACUGAUGCUGGCCAGGACUCUGCUGAACCCCUCGGGUCACCUCUCUCAUCUCUCCCAGUUCAGAUCUGCAUUUACUCCCAGGAGUGCGCCUUAAGAGGAGGAUACACUAGCCACGAUGGAUGAUAUCUUCACGCAGUGCCGGGAAGGCAAUGCUGUGGCCGUUCGCUUGUGGUUGGACAAUACAGAGAACGACCUCAAUCAAGGAGAUGACCACGGCUUCAGCCCUCUCCACUGGGCGUGCAGGGAGGGCCGCUCCAGCGUGGUGGACAUGCUUAUCAUGAGAGGAGCACGCAUUAACGUCAUGAAUCGUGGGGAUGACACGCCUCUGCACCUGGCCUCCAGCCAUGGACAUCGCGACAUUGUGGGAAAGCUGAUUCAGUGCAAAGCAGACACGAAUGCAGCCAACGAGCACGGGAACACACCACUGCAUUAUGCCUGCUUCUGGGGCCAAGAUCAAGUGGCUGAGGACCUCGUGACAAAUGGGGCUCAGGUCAGCAUCUGUAACAAAUAUGGGGAGACUCCCCUGGACAAAGCCAAACCUCAUCUGCGGGAACUCCUCAGAGAAAAAGCAGAGAAAAUGGGACAGAACUUGACUAAAAUUCCCUUCAAGGACACAUUCUGGAAAGGCACCACCAGAACUCGACCCCGUAAUGGCACAUUGAACAAACAUGCAGGCAUUGACUACAAGCAGCUCUCUCUCGUGGCUAAAAUAAAUGAGAACCAGUCUGGAGAGCUGUGGCAAGGUCGCUGGCAAGGUAAUGAGAUUGUUGUUAAGGUGCUAAAAGUUCGUGACUGGACCACAAGGAAAAGCAGAGACUUCAGUGAGGAAUAUCCCAAACUCAGGAUAUUUUCCCACCCGAAUGUCCUACCCAUGUUGGGAGCAUGUCAGUCUCCUCCCGCCCCUCACCCUAUCAUCAUCACACACUGGAUGCCUUAUGGCUCUCUCUACAACGUUCUGCAUGAAGGCACCAACUUUGUGGUGGACCAGACGCAGGCGGUGAAGUUUGCACUGGACAUUGCUUGUGGAAUGGCCUUCUUACACACACUUGAACCCAUGAUCCCGCGCCACUAUCUCAACAGCAAAAGUGUUAUGAUAGAUGAAGACAUGACAGCCAGGAUCAGCAUGGCAGAUGUCAAGUUCUCCUUCCAGUGUCCUGGCAGGAUGUACUCGCCUGCAUGGGUAGCCCCCGAGGCCCUGCAAAAGAAGCCAGAAGAGAUCAACCGUCGAUCAGCAGACAUGUGGAGCUUUGCCAUUCUGCUGUGGGAGCUGGUGACCAGGGAAGUGCCGUACGCAGACCUCUCCAACAUGGAAAUUGGCAUGAAGGUGGCCUUGGAGGGUUUGAGGCCCACUAUCCCUCCUGGAAUCUCACCCCACAUUUGCAAGCUCAUGAAGAUAUGCAUGAACGAAGACCCGGCAAAGAGGCCUAAGUUUGACAUGAUUGUGCCAAUUCUGGAAAAAAUGCAAGACAAGUGAAAAACCUCUUCUGCCUUUCUGUGCUGAACCGUUAUAUUAGGGGAUAUCUUACCCCAAAUAUCACUCUGAUAUGGUGGUGUGGUGCUUACCAGUAUUGCCUUAAACUCUUAUCUCCUGCUGCAUUCAACGCCACUGUAGCUUCUGAUAUGACUUCAGCAGAAGUCACUUCUUUUAUGUUUUUUUUUAAAUGUGAUAUUAAGUUUUAAUUGGUGUCAUCUUUGUCAGUGAUGCUGUCUUUGCAGAAGCAUAAUAUCGACUGUUGAUCUUCUAAACUUUAAUCAUGUGGAAUGAGUACAAUCUUCAAUCUUGUAGACUGAAUAACCUGUGGAGGUCAGCAUAACAGUCUGCUGCAUUGCUUUAGUGGAUUUAAGGCCUUAUUUUUCUUAUCUGGAGUGGGCUCACUAUUAAAAAGUUCCUCCGUAAUUGUGGCUGGUAAUAAAACAAAUAGCAAAUUAAUUCGAGCUUGUCUUGUGGGAAAACGUUAAUGUUUUUUGUAACAAACUGUACGCAUCUGGGCAAGCAUGACAAAUGUCUAAAACAAAGCAUUUAAAAAACAUGUAAGAAAUGUAAGUGAAUGAUGUAAAUGUAUAUGAAUGAGUGAUGCCUGUGAGAGUACCUUGAAGUGUUGUACCAUUCAGCUCGGCUGUGUAGUGAUGUGUAUAGCUAUUGACUUGUGUCCUUUACAACAUGCUGACAAUGAUGUAAAACUGGUCAUACAAACUUCAUUUUAUGAUGCAACAAAUGUCAGUUAAUCAUUGCAAUUUUGGGAAGAUUGAUUUCAAAAUGCAUUGCAAGAUUGCUGGUUUUCUCUUUGAUUUUUUCAUUAUUUUCCCUUCAAAAGCUUAUAACAAUUCAAUUAGUUAUACUAAUGAACAAAGUUGGUGUCUGUUUUCAAGAAUGUCAGUAAUUGCGCUUAACUCAAGUGUUUAUUUCAUGCAGAAUACUGGCAAUCUAUGUAAUCUUUUCGUUGCAGUGUUAGGAAUGAACGCUGCAACCCAGCCUGUAAUUUAUUCAUGGAUAUCGUAGGUACAGUAGUUAAAAUUAUUAUUAUUAUUGCCUUUCCUCACAAUUUACAUCACAUCAGAAACAGCUGCCAACAGAAGGUGACUGGCACAUUAAGGGGUGGUGUUCAUGUCUUGCAAACGGACAUAUUGUUUUCUCGCUUAUUUUUAUUACUUCGGUCCUCGAGAUUACUGCUGACUUUGUAUCGAUCUCAUGGGUGUUUUUUCUAACUGCAUCCUCUCUGUGCCUCCACCAGCUUGCUUUUUGUGCCGAAUCACAGGUUGAAGCCAAAAUCAAGAAUGACUUAUACAAAUGUAUGUAUUUAUAUAUAAGUAUAUUAAAAAGGAAAACUAUGGGCAACUUGAA